AAUCGAUAAUCGCUACGCACUUUGUUUGCGAGACACAACGAGACGCAGUUGGAAAUUAAUUUCAAAACAAAGUAGACAGAAAACAAAAAAGUACAGCAUGACUACGAAUACUGUAUACGCUGGCGUGCAUGUUAAAAACAAACUAAGCGACUUUUAUCCCGUCCACAACAUUGAUAUGGAACAGAAUGUGGCGUACUUGAAAAAGAUCAUUGCACAGCAGCUGCAGUUGCAGUUCGAUGCCGACGAACUUGAUAUAUGCUAUCUGGGCAAGGUGCUCAGCGACGACUCUAAGCUCUCUAGCACUAUGAAACCGAAUGCAAUCGUCCAUUGUUUUCGCAAAAUGAAGGGAUAUACUCCAUACGAGCCGCCAGCUCCCAGUGACAUUAAUACCAAGCACAUACAGGAGCUCUUUUCGUUAACCUCGCACCUACAAAUCAGCGUCACGUCUCGUUUUAACAUAUUGCAAAAGAUCUUGGCCGAGUAUCCGGAAUUCCGACGCAAUUUGGGCGCACAGGCUCUGAUACGCGACUCGGUGCUUUUCAAUAUGCUGCAUGAGCCGGAGGUGGUUCAGAAUCUGGUGCGGGACUAUCCUAUAAUAUGCGAGGCAGCUUCAUUUAUAGUCGAUACCAUACGCAAGGAACUGGCACGCAAUAGUUCCGCCACGCAGUUUCAAGAGCAGGCUGCCUCGGAGUCAACGACCUCGUCGGAGGAGGAGAACUCUUUAGGCGCCGGCAGCAGCAGCAGUGGGGGUAGCAGCAGCACUGCAGCUGCCAACAUGGCUGCCAAUAGACGGGAUGAGCUGGCCAAUAUACGGCAAAUAAGUCGCCAGCAGCUGGCCAAUGCAUUGGCGCGCGUCGACAUGAGCUCCUUUAACUCGCUAUCAAACAUAGCGCAGCGCAAUGUGGACGAGGCUCUCAGCGAUGAGCGACCACGCUCCAGCACGUCGUCUGCCGCCACUAGCUUGGGUGGAGCUGCCCCUGGAGGUGGUGGAGCUGCUGCUGCCGCGGCCAUCUCUUCGGAGCUGUUGCGCAAUGAGCUGGCGCGCGCUUUUCAGUCGCUGCAGCAACAGCCAGCUGUGGAGAGCAUGGAAGUGGAGUCAACGGUAACGAGUGCAGCGGCCAGUGAGGCGGCUGUUGUGGAUGAUCCAGAGGAUGAUGAUGACGAUGCGGUUGCUGACGAUGAUAGCGAUGUUCUGCCACGUUGCUAUCGCCGGCAUCGCUUCACCGAGCAGCUGCGCACCAUGGCAGCCAUGGGCUUUAUAAAUCACACCCAAAACGUUAACUACUUGACGCUGGCCGAUGGCAAUGUGGAGCAUGCCAUUAAUCUGCUAAUGUUGGGCAUGAACUGAACGCGAUGCGGAAGCAG